ACCACUGGAAGAGAUUUCUGCAGCACUCCACGUUUCCUUAGUGCAUAAUGAAUUCUUGACACAGUUACAUUACCAAAGGACUUCCCUAAGAUUCUGCAAUACAGAACUAGAAGCAACCAACCUGACUGCAGCCCGAGAGGUCCAAGUAGAUGAUCUUAUGGCAGCCUUUUCCUGUGGACAGGGAGAGAGGCUCUCAUCUAUUUUGAAAGACAGAAAUAUUGAUAAGAGACACAAAGGCAGGGGCCUGAACAGCAUGUGAUGGAUUAUAGGAGAUGUUCACCUCUCCAGAAGAAAAAGAACAUAUUGAAGAAACACACACAGGCUGGGACCUGUAUGGAGUAAAACUGAAUAUUGAAGACUUUGUCUCAGAGUUCAUGAUCAGCCAAAGUACUGCAAACUGUAUGAAAAAAUCUGAUGGAUCAUUUUCCAAAUCAGAGUUUUAGGAAUCAGAGGAGCAUCCCAAAGGGCUGUUUUGACAUCCUCAAGCAAGAAAAGGAGAGUAGAUUUUCUGGAAUUGAAGGGCGUCUGAAUGGAGAGAUGGUGAAAAGGAGAGUAGUAUUACUGGAACUAAAUUCGUUCUCAAGUCUUGGUGCUACAGAUUCUCAACAAUAAGUUAUUCUCGAGAGAAAUGACUUGCAGGAAUUCAGUAUCUGGAUUUUAGAAGAAUAAUUUAUCUUCCUUCCUACUGACAAACUAAAUUAGAUUAGCUGGAUGCAAUGAUGCUGGCAGCUACCAGUUUAUUGUUACUUCUCUGCACAGCAGUAGAUCCCUGGAAGGUAAAGAAUGGUCACCUAAAAAACAAAGUAACUAGCAGAGAUUCAAAUGCUUCCACAAGGGUUGCAGUCCACGUCAAACGUUCUCUGCCUACCAUAGUAUGUGACGAAUACACAUAUAGAGAAGAGAAAUAUAUAGACUGUGAUGAUAAACAGUUACUUGAUAUUUCCCAGUACUGGCCUGAAGAUGUAAUUCACAUGCUUUUAGUAAGAAACAACAUACAAAGACUGUACAACGAUAUGUUUUCCCGAUACAGAAACCUGAAAAGUCUCGAUUUGCAACAAAAUCUGAUAAACAAAAUUGAGGAGCAGGCAUUUGAUGGCUUAUUUAAACUCACUGUGCUUCUGCUCCAAUAUAACCAAAUAAAGGUGUUAUCUGAAGAAGUUUUUAUCCCUCUACCUCGGCUAAACUACUUAAGGCUGUAUGAAAAUCCUUGGAACUGUACCUGUGAGUUAGAAGGUCUCAUAAAGAAACUACAGCUUCCUUGGAACAGAAAUUUAGGAAAUUAUGCUAAAUGUGAACAUCCAGGUCAUCUAAGCGGUCAAAAGCUAAAGCAAGUAAAUACAGAUGGUCUCUGCCCAGAUUAUGAUACAAUGCAUCCUUCUAGGAGUCCUUUAGAAGGUCCACGUCCAAUUGUAAAGGAGGUCGAUGCCAGUCUAUGUAAAAUUUAUAUGUAUCCAAGACCUGAAAUUGACUGUCGUUAUAAAGGACUGAAGCAAAUCCCAACUGAUAUACCAACAAAUGUACUACAGAUUGAUCUCUCAAACAACAACAUCACAAAACUGAAGCCCAAUGUGUUUUGCAAUAACAAAGACCUGAAGAUCCUUAACCUCAGCAAUAAUGCAAUUGAACAUAUUGAUCCAGCUGCUUUUUCAGGACUUUUAAACUUACAGGAGCUGGAUCUAACAAAUAAUGUCAUUCAAAACUUUGAAUAUGGAGUACUUGAAGACCUUUAUUUCAUGCAGAAACUGUGGCUAGAGCACAAUCCUUGGAGAUGUGACUACAAUAUCCACUAUCUGGUCUAUUGGUUAAAACAUCACUUCACUGUUGAGCACAAGGGUUUAACAUGCAGCACACCUAAGCAGUACAAAGGCUGGUCUGUGAUAGAAUAUAUUAAAAGGUAUGAUGAAUGCCCAGAAGACUACACUAUACAAAAGGAAGAAAUAAAUAGCUUGCACACUAACUCAGAAGAAAAAGACAAGGAUUCACAAACUAAACCCUGAAUUCCGGCAGGCACUGAAGAUGUGAUCAAACCCUGGCUGCUUUAUUUUCUAUUUACUGACAUAUACUUGAUAUAUGAAUGUGUAACUCUGGAAGGCAUUUGUGUUAUUAACUGCCAGUUUUAAUCCAGUUUAUUAAGUAAAAAGAAACUUUUCACUUUAUUUCUAAAAUUGUAAAUGUCAAGUCUAGAGACAGUUCUGUACAAAAAUGAGAGUAGUUACUGAUUUCAUGACUUUAUCACUGAAAGAUACUAUUUAAUCUAUGAUUUCUAGGGAAGCUGCUUUCAUGAAAUGCAGCUUUUUAUGGGUAAUUUUAAUGGUGGAGGACAGUAAGUAUUAAUGGGAUGACAGUGUUAAGUCUUAAAUGGAUCAGCAAUCAGACAACAUUCAUUUCAUGAUGUACAUCAUGUCAUGUAUUAAAAUGCAUCAGUAGUGUAUGGAAAUUUAGAUUAAGUUAUUCUUAUUAUUAUGAACUGUGUCUUUGUAUUGUCUCCAUAAUUCUGCCCUUAUUCAUACACUUACAAAUUAUCAAGUCAGGAGAGAGAUGCAAGCAGUUGUGUAUAGACGCACAACAGGCAUGAACUGACAAGUGCAUGGCAUUUGUACAUUUGUUAGUGUGCGUGUGUGUGUGUGUAUACAUACACACACACACACACACACACACACACACACACACACACACACACACACACACACACACACACACAUAUAUAUGCAUAGACAUGUCUGUACUCCUUAAGUCUAAUGAAACUUCUCCUAGCUAAUGAUUAACAUAAUAGUGCUUUAGAAAAGAAACAACUUGCUGUUAGUGCACUGCUUAAAAGCAGAAAUUACAUUCUACACGUUGCAAACAGAUCAGUGCACACUUUGAUCAAGAAAACAGCAAAUCCAGGCUCCAUGCGACUA